CCUUUCAAAGAUGGCCGCCCUGUUGUUUUGAUGAAUAAUACUUGGUAGGGCGAGGGGGUAAGAGUAGGGGUGGAGGGGUAGGAGGAUUUACUCUUCCAGCCAGAGCAUCGCGAGUCCGGUCCUCCCCCUCCCCCUUGCCCAGGCUCCGGCGUGGAGGCGGGGCGUGGCCGGCCUGCUUUGGGAGGGGAGGAGCUUCCCUCCUCAGUGCUGGGCUCUGCCUGGGCGGCUCUGGGGUCGCCUUGCCUCGGGGCACCCACUCUGCAGUUGAACACUUCCCGCCAGGGGGAAAGGGCUGGAAGGAGAGCACGAUCUGCUGGAGGAAGCGCAGCUGCCGCGCCACCACGAAGACACAGUAGGCUCCGGGCACGAGGAGAGCUGGAGACCGAGCUCCCUAGUCUGGGUAACCUGGGAAGCAGAGGGUAAAAAGUGGCGCCUUACGAUAACCCUGUAGCAGCAGCAGUGGCGGUCAAAGGAGGCUGCUCGUGGCGUAAGCAGCUGUAGGAGUCUCUGGGGCAAUUGGAGUGACCGACGCCAAGGCAUUUCACUGCCCCUCGUGUUCUUAUUUUUUAACCUCUGACUAUGCAGUUCUGAAACCUCCCCCAUUCGGGGGACCAGACAGCCCGAUAGACACCUUCCACUCUCCUCCCGCCCUGGUCUCAAAGAACAGAAGAUCUCUCCUUAACGCCUUUCACCAUUAAGAGGAAAGCGAUGGAGGAGCUGAGCGCUGACGAGAUCCGACGGAGGCGCCUUGCACGACUUGCUGGUGGACAGACCUCCCAGCCAACCACCCCGCUCACCUCUCCCCAGAGGGAGAACCCUCCGGGACCUCCUAUAGCGGCAUCAGCCCCAGGCCCGUCCCAGAGUCUUGGUCUCAAUGUCCACAACAUGACCCCAGCUACCUCCCCCAUAGGUGCAUCAGGAGUAGCCCAUCGAAGCCAGAGCAGUGAAGGAGUCAGUUCUCUCAGCAGCUCGCCCUCCAAUAGCCUUGAAACACAAUCUCAGUCUCUCUCACGUUCCCAGAGCAUGGAUAUCGAUGGAGUCUCUUGUGAAAAAAGCAUGUCCCAGGUGGAUGUGGAUUCGGGUAUUGAAAAUAUGGAAGUUGAUGAAAAUGACCGAAGAGAAAAAAGGAGCCUCAGCGAUAAGGAGCCUUCAUCAGGUUCUGAAGUGUCUGAAGAACAGGCCUUACAGCUGGUCUGUAAGAUCUUCCGUGUCUCCUGGAAGGACCGGGACAGAGAUGUCAUCUUUCUUUCUUCUCUUUCUGCACAAUUUAAGCAGAACCCAAAAGAAGUGUUCUCUGAUUUUAAGGACUUGAUUGGCCAGAUUUUAAUGGAAGUGCUAAUGAUGUCCACUCAGACUAGAGAUGAAAACCCAUUUGCCAGUCUGACAGCCACAUCCCAGCCAAUUGCAGCGGCAGCUCGGUCACCAGACAGAAAUCUCAUGCUAAAUACCGGCUCCAAUCCAGGAACAAGCCCCAUGUUCUGCAGCGUGGGUUCCUUCGGUGCCAGCUCUUUAUCUAGCCUCUAUGAGACUAGCCCAGCUCCCAGCACGCGUGUCUGGAGCGCUGUGCCAAUGAUGAGUCUGCCUCUGGCGCCCCCCUCCCGGGCAGCCAGCCAGGCGUCCGCUCCUCCCGCUUCCCUCAGUCCUCACGGCGCAGCUGCGGGGACACCUGCGGGAAGCCAGCCCUCGUCUCCGCGGUACCGGCCCUACACUGUCACCCACCCCUGGGGGUCGUCAUCUUCUCCUGCCCCGCGGUCCUCGGGCAGCUCCGUCCUGUCCAGCUCCCCAGGCCUGCCCAUGCCAGCUAGUAGCCCUCAAGCCGUGCCCGCCAGCUCCUCCCGACAGAGACCCACCGGCGCGGGGCCACCUUUACUGUCCGCCUCACCCGGUGCGGGUGCCGUGAGCAGACGGCCCUCCUCCCUAAGGAGCUCUCCUAGUAUGUACGACAGUCCUUUCUCCUUCCUCUUCCUCGCACUUUCUGGGGACAGUAGUGAUGAAGAUGGAGAAGAAGAUGAUGAUGAUGGUGAUGAUGAAGGUGGUGGUGGUGGUGAUGAGUUUUCUUGUGUCCAGUUUGGGUCCAGCUUGGGAGCCUCUGGUGGGGCAAGUACUUGGGAUUCCUACAGCGACCAUUUCACCAUUGAGACGUGCAAAGAGACAGAUAUGCUGAACUACCUCAUCGAGUGUUUUGACCGAGUUGGAAUAGAGGAAAAAAAAGCACCGAAGAUGUGCAGCCAGCCAGCAGUCAGCCAGCUUCUGAGCAACAUCCGCUCACAGUGCAUAUCCCAUACUGCGUUAGUACUACAAGGGUCCCUCACACAACCAAGGUCCCUGCAGCAGCCAUCCUUCCUGGUGCCGUACAUGCUGUGUAGGAAUCUUCCAUACGGCUUCAUUCAAGAACUGGUGAGAACCACUCACCAGGAUGAAGAAGUGUUCAAGCAGAUCUUUAUCCCCAUUUUACAAGGCCUGGCUCUUGCUGCCAAAGAGUGCUCCCUCGAUAGUGACUACUUUAAAUACCCCCUCAUGGCUUUAGGUGAGCUCUGUGAAACCAAGUUUGGAAAGACACACCCUGUGUGCAAUUUGGUUGCUUCUUUGCCUUUGUGGUUGCCUAAAUCCUUAAGCCCUGGCUCCGGGCGGGAGCUGCAGAGACUCUCGUAUUUGGGGGCUUUCUUUAGCUUCUCAGUCUUUGCAGAAGAUGAUGCAAAAGUGGUUGAAAAAUAUUUCUCAGGGCCUGCCAUUACCCUGGAAAACACUCGUGUGGUGAGCCAAUCACUGCAGCAUUACUUGGAGCUGGGAAGGCAAGAGCUUUUCAAGAUUCUGCAUAGUAUUUUGUUAAACGGAGAAACCCGUGAGGCUGCUCUCGGUUACAUGGCAGCUGUCGUCAAUGCCAAUAUGAAGAAAGCACAGAUGCAGACGGAUGAUAGAUUGGUAUCUACAGACGGAUUGAUGCUGAAUUUCCUUUGGGUGCUGCAGCAGCUAAGCACAAAAAUCAAGUUAGAGACGGUCGACCCCACGUACAUAUUCCACCCGAGGUGUCGGAUUACUCUUCCCAGCGAUGAGACGAGAGUGAAUGCCACGAUGGAGGACGUGAAUGACUGGCUGACUGAACUUUAUGGAGAUCAAUCUCCGUUUUCUGAGCCGAAAUUCCCUACAGAAUGCUUCUUUCUUACCCUGCACGCUCACCAUCUCUCAAUUCUGCCGGGUUGCCGACGCUACAUCCGCAGGCUCCGGGCCAUCCGGGAGCUCAACAGAACUGUGGAAGAUUUGAAAAACAAUGAAAGCCAAUGGAAAGACUCCCCACUGGCAGCUAGACACCGUGAAAUGCUGAAGCGCUGCAAAACUCAGCUUAAGAAACUGGUACGAUGCAAGGCCUGUGCUGACGCCGGUCUGCUUGACGAGGGCUUCCUGAGGAGAUGUCUGCAUUUCUACGGCCUUCUCAUUCAGCUGCUGCUCCGCAUCCUGGACCCCGCGUACCCCGCUGUCACACUGCCUUUAAGUUCAGAUGUCCCCAAGGUAUUUGCAGCAUUGCCUGAGUUUUAUGUAGAAGAUGUUGCUGAAUUUUUAUUUUUUAUUGUACAAUACUCUCCUCAGGUGCUUUAUGAGCCCUGUACUCAGGAUAUUGUGAUGUUCCUCGUUGUGAUGUUGUGUAACCAGAACUACAUCCGAAAUCCGUAUCUGGUGGCCAAACUCGUAGAAGUCAUGUUUAUGACUAACCCUGCUGUUCAGCCACGGACCCAGAAGUUUUUUGAAAUGAUUGAGAACCAUCCUCUCUCCACCAAGCUGUUGGUCCCUUCCCUGAUGAAGUUUUAUACAGAUGUUGAGCAUACCGGAGCCACCAGCGAGUUCUAUGACAAGUUCACCAUUCGCUAUCAUAUUAGCACCAUUUUUAAAAGCCUUUGGCAAAAUAUAGCUCACCAUGGCACCUUUAUGGAGGAGUUCAAUUCCGGGAAGCAGUUUGUCCGCUAUAUAAACAUGCUGAUAAACGACACAACAUUUUUGCUCGAUGAAAGCCUGGAGUCUCUGAAGCGGAUCCACGAAGUGCAAGAAGAGAUGAAGAACAAAGAACAGUGGGACCAGCUGCCCCGGGAACUCGGACCCCGACUGGCUGCAAUGCUGAACUUUAAUCUUCAGCAACUCUGUGGUCCUAAGUGCCGUGACCUGAAAGUUGAAAACCCUGAGAAAUAUGGCUUUGAACCAAAGAAGCUGUUGGACCAACUGACAGAUAUUUACUUGCAGCUGGACUGUGCCCGGUUCGCUAAAGCCAUUGCUGACGACCAGAGAUCCUACAGCAAAGAAUUGUUUGAAGAAGUUAUUUCGAAGAUGCGGAAGGCAGGGAUCAAAUCCACAAUAGCGAUAGAGAAGUUUAAACUUCUGGCUGAGAAGGUGGAGGAGAUCGUGGCCAAGAACGCGCGUGCAGAAAUCGACUACAGUGACGCCCCAGACGAGUUCAGAGACCCUCUGAUGGACACCCUGAUGACUGACCCCGUGCGGCUGCCCUCUGGCACCAUCAUGGACCGCUCCAUCAUCCUGCGGCACUUGCUAAACUCCCCCACGGACCCCUUCAACCGACAGACGCUGACAGAGAGCAUGCUGGAACCAGUGCCAGAACUGAAAGAACAGAUUCAUGCCUGGAUGAGAGAGAAACAGAACAAUGAUCAUUAAACCAUCCCCCUUGCCCACCCUCUGCGAGAAACAGCCAAGGCCGGCGAGGCAGGCCGGAGCAGCGUCGGCGGUGCAAAUGCUGUUCACGUGUUGGAGGCCAGAAGUGGCAAAAUACACCAAGAGCCCACCCAGAGUGACCAAACAGUGGAGACCCGAAAGGACAUGAAUAAGAAGAGGAGCCCAAUUCCUGUACAUAUAUUUAAGUGACAGACGUGGUCAAAAGCUUGAGGGAUACGUUUUAUGAUUGCUUGUGUAAUAGAGCACGUCCUUCAUGUGUCACAAUUUGGGGCUUUUGCUGCGGAAGUCUGUUAGUGAUCAAUGACGAAUGGGUCUGGGCAGCAUCCCCUUCAUGUUUUUUUUUUUUUCCUAAAUCCAGUAUCCAUUGAUUUUGAUUGUGAUUAGAGAACCUUGGACAUUUUGCUGCUAAGAAUCUUCCCCCCCCCCCCACCGCCCCCCGCCGGCCCCAUCCUGAUCCUACUUGCACUGCUGUGGAUUUUUUUUAAGAGAAGCAAAAACAAAAAUAAACUCUUUUCCCUGGCCCUCCAAACAUAUAUUCUGUGAGAUAACUGUGCCUGCAACAAAGUGUUAAUCCUGGGAUCGUAUUUUUAUAUCAUAUUCACAUAUUUGUUUUUUUAAUUGGUGUUAGAUGACAUGAUUAAUAAAAAAGGCAAGAUAUUUUCAGAAUUUGAAUUUCAGUUUUUUUUUUUUUAUUAUUUUGAAAUGUCCCUUAAAAUUUUUUUUUAUUCUAAACAAAAUGAAGAGAAUCCUGUUGCUCUGGUCUUGGUAGUAAGUCCACGAUUAGGAAUCCGAGGAACAGCUGCAGCAAAGAAAGCGUUUAAGUGUAUCAGGAUUUCGCAUCUUACGGUUUGGGAGGGGGUUGGGUUUUUUUUAAUGCUAUGUGACAGUUGGAAACCUUUAUAGUUAUCUGCAAGGGUAAAUAAAUUCCUCAACCCUUGAGUCUGUGAGUUCAAGGCAGGGGUCGUUUGUAUGAUGUGUCCUGUGGGGCUUGGCCUUACCAAAGCAAAAAAGGGGUGCAAGAAAUGUGGAAGUACGUCUGCUUGUAAAAACACACACGAAGAAAAACACACCCACACACACGCACAUAAACAUAAGAUUUUUUGUAUUACUGCUCCCCACUUACCAUACUCGGAUUCUUGAAUCUCCUUUGGGGUAAAAAAGGAUUUGAAACCAUAAAGUGUUUUGAAGAAAUUAAGUCUACAAAAACAUACUUUCUUUUUCUUUUCCUUUCUUCCCCGCUCCACAGACAAUGUCCUCUGUUCAGUUCCUAACGCAAACUACAAUAAAUGGUGAUACACA